CUCAGGCCUAUAUCACACAAGCAUAGCAAACAUUUUCUUCAAUGAUUGACAUUAGCGCACUCUUCUCUGUCAAGGACAGGUCAUUUGUCAUUACUGGUGGGGGCUCUGGCCUUGGCCGUAUGAUGGCUGAGGGUCUGGUUUCGGCAGGCGCCCGUGUCUACAUAACCAGUCGCAAUGAAGAGUCUUUGACUGCUGAUGGGCCUGGAACAUGCAGCUAUAUUGCAUGUAAUAUUACUGAUGCCAAGCAGGUACAUGCACUUAGCCAGAAAGUUUCAGAUCUCGAACCAAACGGCUUGCAUGCAUUAAUCAAUAACUCUGGACUUUUUCUGCCGUUGCUAAAGAGAGCAGCUACGAAAGAGCGCCCUACGCGCAUUGUGAAUAUUGCUAGCAUUGCUGGGCAUGUGGCCCCAAACCUAGCUAUUCCAGGAUAUGCUGCUUCCAAGGCUGCACUGGUUCAUAUGACAAAGGAUAUGGCGCAGAAGUUCGCUGAAUACAACAUUAAUGUUAACUCAAUCUCUCCAGGCUUGGCAGAACUUUUGAAAACAAUUCCGAUGCAUAAGCUUGGAUCGCCAGGUGACAUGGCUGGAACUAUUCUAUUCCUCUCAUCAGAUGCCAGCGCGUUCUUAACAGGCUCUGAUAUUGUGGUUGAUGGCGGGUACAUUAUCAAGGCAUAGCAUGGAUCGGUGUAGCUUGGACCCAAGGUUUAGUGUUCACAUUGUUGGUCCGGAUUAGGAAGG